UUAAGAUCCAGACGAAAAUAACAAAAGCAGUAUAAUAAGCAAAGAAUAUUGAAGUUGUCUAAAUCAAUAUCAACAUGAGGAUAUCAUGCGAGUACAUAACUGAUAAGUACAAGAGGUCAAGUCGUUAUCUAUUUAAGCGAGUGCUCAUUGGAGCUGUUACAGUUCAGUUUAUAAUUUACAAGAAGUUACAACGAGUUGCUUUCUAUAAUGAAGCUACCUAUAGUCCUUGUAUGUUGUUUUAUAUCAACAAUACUCUAUUCAGUGGAAGGUGGACUGGUCAAAGAUUUUUUUGGAAAGGUUAAAGAAACAGCAGAAGUAGUCCAUAAAGAUGUACAUAAUAUCUGGAGACCUGAAAGUGGUAACGCCGACAAGAACAACACAGAGCAAACGGUGACUUCUCCGUCUACUCGGCCCGACCCGGCUAAGGAAGGAGAACACAAGAUAGAUGAAAAGACAAAAGACACGAAGGUAUCGGAAAUAACUUCAUCUUCUUCAACCACGGCGACAAAAGAACACGAAACAAAGGAGGAUAAACACGAAGAAACAAUAACGGCAGCAUCUGAAACCACAACUAAAAAAGACGAAAGAGCGAAUUUCUCAGGAGCAUGCCAGACUAAUUACAGACGUACAGCUGACGGCCGGUGCAAGCUUGUUGGUGCUUGAUAUAUGGAAAUGAUAAAU